AUGGAGGAAAAUUUCGAGCAAUUAGUUGCUGAAUUUAACGUAUCUCCUUUAUCUUCUGAUGUUCUUCAAAAAAUAACGUUGCUUCUUCAAUCAAAAACUGAUGAAGCAUUAUCAUCGUUCAUCUCACAAGAAUAUCAAUCGUUAUUUACCUUGGAACACAAGGUAUGGCAAUUACUUAGUGAAGAUUCUCAUCAUUGGUUUAAUGACUUAGACUAUUCAGUAUUUUUUCGAACACUUGUUUCAUUCAACAAAAAUAUGAUUUUUAAUCAGGAUAGUAUUAAAGAUCAUAUUAAAGUUUCACUUCUUAUGCCUAAUACGAUUGAUCAAAUUAAUAGUAUAUUCAAGCAAAUCGAACAAACUAUUGAUGAUAAUGAUCCAUUAAUUACUUUUGUUAGCCUCUGGUUUGAUAAUUUGUCAUUUUUUAUACAUGAAUAUCCUCAAUUAGGUCAUUCACCUAUUAUCAUUCAAAUGAAUAAAUAUGUUGCAGAUCAUUUUAUUAUAAGUGAACAAUUCAAUUUUUAUCUAAGUCAACUACGACAAUCACAAUUAUCAUCAUCAAUAUUUACUACUAAACAACUUUUCUAUAUGAAAACAUGUUCAUUUUCUUUGAAUGUCUACUUUUAUAGUAAUCCUCCAAGUUUUGAUUAUACUCCUGGUCAAGUUCUUCAAAAUAUUGGUGAUGAAUAUUUACAAAUAAUACAAAUUCAAAGUUACACUAUUAAGUUAUGGAGCACAGAAUUACUUACUUGUAUGACUCAUUUGAUUGGUUUUAUACGUGCAUUUCUUUGGUGGAAUGGAGAAACUGGAACAAAAUUGAAAAUACUUUUACCGACAGAAAAAAUAUUACUUGAAUAUACACAAGCAAUGGUUUAUAUUAUUGAUUAUAAGGCAGAUUGUGCAUAUAUUAUGCCACAAUGGAUUAAUGAUGAAACUAUUCUAAUGGAUUCUGUUCUACUUUUUUUAAUAAAUAUAAUACAAACACAAAAUAUUAAUUGGUUCUUUCAUCCGAUGAAUCAAUUAUCAGACACGCUCUUGAAAUUAGGUGAACUACCCGUAUAUUAUCAAAUACAUUUGUGUGCUUAUGGAAUAUUAAGUGAAAUUCUUACUGAUGAACAUUUAAAAGAAUUGAAAUUUCCUGAUAAUAUAAGAGAUUUUUUCUUUCAAAUGCUUGAACAUGCAUGGCAUAAUCCUUUAAAAAGAUGCAAACAAAUACCAAUUACUUAUUUCUUACGAGGUUUAAGACAUCAACUAAUAUUAUUGAUGCUACUUGAUAAAGAUUGA